AUGUUAUUUGUUCUCUUGUUAUUGUGUUGUUUUGUUAAUGUAAACUCUUAUGAUCUAUUUGAUGUAUUAUCUGAUGAAACUCUUUCAGAGCUCUUUAGUCUUGACAUAGAAGAUAUGGAAUUCGAUUUAUCUGAAAGUUUACCAAAAAAAAAUCCUGCUCGAGAUUAUGGAAAAGCUCAACAAGCUUUAAACAAUCAAAGAAACAUUGCACUUCGUUAUAUCAAAGAAGGUAGAAAUAAAAUUAAUUCUUUUAAACAAAAAGCAAAAAGUCUUCUUGGUAGUCUUAAACAAAAACAAAAAAAAUUCUCAUUUUGA